GAAGAAAGCUACAUUUUUCAGAAAAAUUCUUCACACUGACUCCAUUCACGGAAACAGUCAACAACCGAUCGACAUGUCGCGCGUUAUACUCCUAGUCUGUUUAAUUUGCCUCAUUUUUGGCGGGGAACUGGGGUCUGCACGCAUAGAUGACAGACCGGGACGCAUGUGUGACAGCAUUUCAGAUAUCUGUCGUUACUUUAAUGUCACUGGGCUUGUCAUAACAAUUGAGCAUAUUACCUUCACCGAAAAGUGCCGCUGCUUUUCGUCGGAAGGUCCCGGAGAAGAUAGCCCACCUGGAUGCGACUGGGAGCCAGAGGGUGGUGCCCAUGGACACGCGGAUCAAGUUGGGAGGUGUCGCGAUAUGGAUCAGGUAUGCUUGUUUAUCGACCCCAGGCGUGAAGGCACCAUAAUAACCUGGGAAAACAGUGCGACAUUUUCCUGCAAAUGCCAUUCUGCUGAAGGACCGUCAGAAGACGGCCCAGUUGGAUGUAACUGGGAAGCACCACUGGUCUUUUAAAUCCCGAGGAUUGAUCCAAAAUCAGCACCACCCGCCGGUUUAUCUUCAUCAGGCAACGGUCUUCUGCUAGAGGAUAAGGGACCAUUCCCACAAAUAUUUUGAACGAUCUGUCUCUUUUAAUUCUUUUAAUUCAUUAUUUCAAACGCUCACAGUAUACCUUUCAUCUAAUAUUUUAAAAUUUUCAACUCUCACCGAUGUGAAAACCUUGAGACACAAGACAUGUUAGAGAUAAAAGACAAUCGGGUUAUCAUUCCUAUGCUUAAAAUACCAAGUCAAGCAUAAUAUGGAAUUUUCUCGAAAUUCGACUACUACAGCCUAAUAUAUUAAUAUAGUAAUCCUGACAUUUCGAGUAAGUACUUUUUUCUUCUGUAUGGAAUAAAUAUUAUCAUGAUAACCACAGUA